AUGUGGGAGUCGGAGAGCGACGCCGGCGAGCGGGGGCUCGUCCCCGUCCUCGGAGUCGGCGGCUCCGAACGGCACGACGGGCUCAAGACCGACGGCUUCGUUCGCAGAGAUCACUCUUGGUAUGUCAACAGCGAUAUUCCCAGCGAUUUGCUUGUCAAAGUGGGAGACGUGAGCUUCCAUCUUCACAAGUACCCCAUGAUCUCGCGGAGCGGCAAGAUGGGCCGCGUCAUCUACGAGUCGGCGACGAGCGCGGCCUCGGCCUCGGCGGCGGCGCUGGACCCGGACACGGCCGUGGCGGAGCUGGACGACCUCCCCGGCGGCGCGGACUCGUUCGAGCUGGCCGCCAGGUUCUGCUACGGCAUGGCGGUGGACCUGACGGCGUCCAACAUCUCCGGGCUGCGCUGCGCCGCCGAGUACCUGGAGAUGACGGAGGACCUGGAGGAGGGCAACCUCAUCUUCAAGACGGAGGCGUUCCUCAGCUACGUGGUGCUCUCCUCCUGGCGCGACUCCAUCGUGGUGCUCAAGAGCUGCGAGGGCCUCUCGCCCUGGGCCGAGAACCUGCAGAUCGUGCGCCGCUGCAGCGAGUCCAUCGCCUGGAAGGCCUGCGCCAACCCCAGGGGCGUCCGCUGGGCCUACACCGGCGCCGGCAGCGGCAGGCCGCCCCGGAGCGGCGCGGCGAGCCCCCGCUGGAACAACGCCGGCGGCGGCGGCGGCGGCUCCAAGGAGUCCAGCCCCGGCCGGCAGCCCGUGCCGCCGUCCGACUGGUGGUUCGAGGACGUGUCCGUUCUCCGGAUCGACCACUUCGUGCGCGUAGUCACCGCCAUCAAGGUCAAAGGCAUGCGGUUCGACCUCAUCGGCGCGGCGAUCACCCACUACGCGUCGAAAUGGCUGCCGGGGCUCACCAAGGACGUCCCCCACGCCGUCAGCGGCGUCGACGAGCAGUGGGCUCAGGUCUCCGCGGCCGGCGGGCUCCACAUGAUCAUCGCCGGCCCGGGUGGCAAGGACGACGUCGCCACCAGCGCGCCGGCGCGCGAGCAGCGCAUGGUGGUGGAGAGCCUCAUCAGCAUCAUCCCGCCGCAGCGGGACAGCGUCUCCUGCGGCUUCCUCCUCCGCCUGCUCCGCCUCGCCAUCAUGCUCAAGGCCGCCCCGGCACUCGUCACGGAGCUGGAGAAGCGGGUCGGCAUGCAGCUCGAGCAGGCGGCGCUGCCCGACCUCCUCAUCCCCUCCGUCGGCCGCGCCGACACCGCCUACGACGUCGACCUCGUGCAGCGGCUCGUCGAGCACUUCCUGGUGCAGGAGCAGACGGAGCAGGUGUCGUACAGCCCGGGGCGCGGGGAGGCGCACGCGCAGCCGGAGAGAGAGUACUACGGAUCCGCCGCGGGCGCAAGGAUGCCUCCGGCCAACGCGGCGGCGGCGGCGGCUGCGUCAUCGUCGUCGGGGCUGGGGCUAAAUGCCAAGGCGCGCGUGGCCCGGCUGCUGGACAGCUACCUCUCCGAGGUGUCCCGCGACCGCAACCUCUCCCUGACCAAGUUCCAGGUGCUGGCCGAGUCGCUCCCGGAGUCGGCGCGCACCUGCGACGAUGGGCUGUACCGCGCCGUGGACUCGUACCUGAAGGCGCACCCGGCGCUGACGGAGCACGAGCGGAAGCGGCUGUGCCGGGUGAUGGACUGCCAGAAGCUGUCGUUCGACGCGUGCAUGCACGCGGCGCAGAACGAGCGGCUGCCGCUGCGGGUGGUGGUGCAGGUGCUCUUCUCGGAGCAGGUGAAGAUCAGCAACGCGCUGGCGGGGUCGUCGGCUCUCAAGGCAGCGCCGGACGGGGGGACGACCUCGGCGCCGACGCGGCGGCAGCUGCUGGACGCCACGCCGCAGUCGUUCCAGGAGGGAUGGGCGGCGGCCAAGAAGGACAUCAACACGCUCAAGUUCGAGCUGGAGAGCAUGAAGGCCAAGUACCUGGAGCUGCAGCACGACAUGGACGCGCUGCAGAAGCAGGUGACGCAGUCGCCGGCGGGCGAGCACGGCGGCAAGGUCGGCGGAGGCGGCGGCAAGGCGCAGCAGCAGCAGGGGCCAUCGGCGUGGAGCAACGGGUGGAAGAAGCUGGGGAGGCUGGCCAAGAUGACGGGCGCCGAGGCGGCGGGGGCCGGCGGGCACGGGCACGCGGCGGCGCAGGGCGAGGCGGCCAGGAAGGCGCAGAGGAGGUGGAGGAACUCCAUCUCGUGA